AUGUUAUAUAGUGUUAUGUUGUUGCUACUGUUGUAUGUUAUUGUUACGGUUACGUUAUAUGCUGUUAUUGUUGUGUUGUUUCUGUUGUUAUGUGUUAUUGUUAUUAUUAUUAUUAUUAUUGUUGUGUUACAAUUGCUGUUGCAUUAUUAUUAUUGUAUUUUACUGCUUUUAUAUGUUGUUACUUUACUGUCAUGUGUUAUUAUUGUUGUUGUUACGAUUGUUGUAUUGUUUUGUCAUUGUUAUUGUUAUUGCUAUCUUGUUACGAUUGUUGUAUUGUUCUGUCAUUGCUAUUGUUAUUGUUAUCUUGUUAUGAUUGUUGUUAUAUUGUUGUCAUUGUUAUUGUUAUUGUUGCGUUGUUAUAAUUGCUGUUAUUGUAUUGUUCUGUGUCAUUGUUACUGUCGUUAUUGUGUUAUAUAUCAUUGUUAG